AUGGCUAAUAAAAAAGAAAAAAAUGAAUGCAGUGAUGAUAUCACAGUUGAGAGCCUAAUUGCAGCACAGAAGUCGAUAGAACAGAAGAAGUGGAAGCUAAAGAGCAUCUUGCUCCCUAAAGACUGCAAGAUUGAAGAAACAGAAGAUUACAAGUCCAUAGAAAUAGAAUAUACACCUGUCUCGCACGAGAAAAUAAAAACAGAAAUCUUGCAGAACGAUAAAAAAUAUUUCCCAUACCAGCAAUUCAACACGAUACAGUCUCUUGUCUUUGACAGCAUAUACAAUACGAGAGAGAAUGUGCUUGUAGCAGCGCCCACUGGCACAGGAAAAACAGAGCUAGCAAUCCUUGCCAUACUCAAAGAAUUCUUCGCAUACAAAGAAAAGAGUUUUAUUGUCUAUCUAGCUCCGACAAAGUCACUAAUCAAACAGACAGAAAGCACGCUAAAAAAAAGAUUGAAUGAUAUUCUGAAAAUAGAACAAGACACAACCGAUACACACAGAAAUAACCACAAACUGUGGGAGUAUAAGAUGAAUGUCCUUGUGACCACGCCCGAGAGAUAUGACAUCCUUACUUUGAAAAAAAGGAUAGCCCCUACUCUCUUAAUAAUAGACGAGAUACACAUCCUCGGAGAAACCAGGGGAGGAGUCCUUGAAAGCGUCAUUAUUCGCAGUAAAGGCAUAAAGAACAUAAGGAUGCUGGGAAUAAGUGCUACAAUCCCUAACUACAGAGAUGUUGCUGCAUUCAUCAACGCAAAAAAUGAGCACUCGUACUACUUCAGCUACAGCUGCAAAGAGAUUCCCAUGGUGUACAAAAUACUCGGAGUAAAAAAGAGCGAAAAAAGCGUAGAUAUACUGAAUAAGCAUCUACAGCACGCUCCCACCCUUAUUUUCAUAAACAGCAGGAAAGAGUGCCACAGAAUAGCACACCUUCUAAGAUGCAGCUCAGGUAACCCAGAAAAAAUGGGAGACCAACCACAAAAAAACAUUCACUCUUCCAUUAGCCAAGAUGACAAACUAAACAGCAUACUGCCCCAUCUAUCCUCCAUUAUUCCUGCAUUGACUGAAGAUAGAAAUGAGUUUAUUCGAGACAUAAAGAGCGAAAUAGAGAUGCUCUAUCAAGGGAUUGGAGUGCACCACUCGGGAAUGAGCAAGAACGUGCGGUCUGCUGUUGAGACUCUCUUUAGAGAGGGCGCUAUUCGAGCUAUAUGCUGCACAAGCACCCUGGCAUGCGGCGUCAACUUGCCAGCUGAUAAUGUCAUAAUCUACAAAACAAAGACAAACCAUUUAGAUAGCGACAGUAAUUAUUCUCUAUCAGAAAUAUCGCAGAUGAGCGGAAGAGCAGGGCGCAAGGGCCUGUCCAGCAAGGGAUCGGUCACCAUUAUAACGGACAUGGACAAAAUAGAAGAGUACAGCCGUGCGAUCACUUUUCAGUUUCCCAUAGAAAGCAAACUAGCCCACACUCUGCCCACAAGAAUUCUCUACGAAAUAAAUGCAGGAAAAAACACAGCAGAAAAACUUGCUGAAUGGAUUAAAGAGACAUAUGCAUACAGCAGAGGAAUAAAACACAAAGAAACAGAGAAAUACUUUUUGGAUGUAGAACAGCUACUAAACUCAAUACUGUCUGGUCUAGUGCAGAUAGAAGCCAUUGCCUUGGAAAAAACAACGAAAAAAAAGAACAAAGAUGGAUUAGUGCAUGAUCCAUCACUAGACACUCUGAGUCCUGCUGCAGAAGAAAGAGAAGAGGAUAUACAAAUAAUACGAACUAAGAAAAGAAAGAUAAAUGAUCUAUCUUUACACCCCAGAUCAGAAGAAGAUAAAGAAAAGCCAUCUUUUCCUACAGAUUGCCACCUGAUAAAACCUACUCUGCUAGGAUCAGCUGCAUUUAAGUACUAUCUAGACCCGAAGACAGUGUAUAGGAUGAACAGAAUAUUUAGAGAAAUAAAAAAUAAAGAACUGGACUUGGAUGGAGGAGACAUGCUCCUGAUAGUAAGCACAGCUGAAGACUACAAGAGCAUUGUAAACACACACUCUGAAGAGCGCAAUGCAGACUAUGCAAACGCCUUAUCUAAGCUUAAAAGUACGUUAAAAUACCCAAUUAGGUCAAAAGAUGGAAAUAUAAGAAAAAUAAUAGAAAAUGAGUCAGAAACUAAGGAAGUAGUAUCUGUCCUCGUGCAAGCACACAUAGACAGAGCAGAAAUAGAUAGAUCUCUCUACUCAAUAUACACAAAUACAAUAACAAGCAUAGAAAGAAUAAUCUGGGCAUGUUUUACGGUAGGCAGAGUAUUCCUCAACCGAUCUAUACACUCUCUUCUCGACCUGGCAAAGAGCAUAGAAGAAAGAGAGUGGAGGUAUAUGAAAAAAAGAGGGCAGCUAGAUGUAAAAAUAGAAAUAGAUAAAAACACUAUAAGAGUAGCCAAUCCUCAGAAGUGCGAAAUAUUCUUCACCCUUUCAGCAGCAACAGAAUACACAAACAUUCACACAGAAGUCACUAAAAAAGAGGUCUACUACUACACUAUACCUAAAAAUAGCACAAGAACGCCCUACAAACUGCAAAUAGACACAAUGCACACAUUCACAGAGCCAAUUGUGCAGUAUAUAGAACUGUAG